UUCGGCGCCGUUGCUAUGGCGGUGAGCAGAAACGUGCCAGUAGCCUUGGUCGCUUUGUCAUGCCACGGACGGUCUCCAAUGUGCGGCCAGCGGGACACAUGUUCUCCAGCCGGUCAACCUUGAUGAGAAGCUCGCUAAGAUAAACCUUCCCUCUCUUCCCUUUCCUCCACCAUGUCCGAUUCGUCUGAUUUCCAACGAGGACAUUCUCGCCAUGAUACCGCACUGAUUCACGGACUGUCGCAGUCGGAAGUCCAGAAGUUGUCCGAGGCGUGCAUUGAGGCAAAAGGAAGGGCAUAUUGCCCAUAUUCGCACUUCAGAGUAGGAGCUGCGUUGCUGCUGAAGAGCGGUGAAGUCGUCCUGGGAGCAAAUGUCGAAAAUGCGUCAUAUCCCGUUGGCACCUGUGCCGAACGAACGGCAAUUGGUACUGCAGUCGUCCAACAUGGCGCGAAGCAAGGUGAUAUCCGAGCAAUAGCUGUUGCAACAGACAUCAGCCCACCGGCAAGCCCAUGCGGCAUGUGCCGCCAGUUCAUCCGGGAGUUUUGCGAGACCAGUGUGCCGAUUCUCAUGUAUGACAAGGAUGGAAAGUCGACGGUCAUGACGCUCGAGCAGCUCCUGCCCAUGUCGUUUGGUCCGGAGAAGCUCUUGCCACCGGACCAGCUGGCAAACGGACUUUCACAGUAGCAUUGUGAUGUCCAGCAGCUUGUUACACGCACGAUGCUGUGGAAGGCGAGAACUGCUUGAGAGUGUGACUGGUCGCAUUCAUGGCUCGGGGAAUGCGCAGCAUGUAAGCGAGGAGAUGCGGAGGGCGGCAAAGGUGAGCACUGCGAAGUCCGCGCAGAGAUAUACUGUAGGCAGACAGACAUCAUUGGAAAGUCCACAGUAUUCGAUAUCAGGCAAAUGCCUGUGUUAUUAGACUUCA